AUGGCUUCCACUCAAUUCGAGCCUCCGGAACAGCGGCGCAUUCGCCGACGGACAGGGCAGACAUGUGGCCCUGCAGACAACCGUCAUUCCAACGAGUCGCUGUACACAAUUCCCACGGGGGCGUCUUCAUCCUCCAUGCUUCGAACCUCUUACUUACCACCACCUCUCCCAUAUCGCUCUUCUGAUCCAGUUGGCUCACCUCCCGCUCCUUCUCAUCCUCCCCAACAUAUGCCUCCUUCUCCUCCUCCCUUCCCUUCUCAUGCCUUCCAUAAUCCUCACUCUUCACACCAUCUUCCUUUAUAUCACCACUCUCAGCCUCCGACAGCCUCUCGGUCUUCCUUGCAUCCUUCACGCCUUAUGACUACUCUCCUGGUUUCUCUCCCAGUGCGGAAUAGGACUGGGUCUGACUUGACAACCUGCACAUCUUCCCUUGCGCUGGGCCGGUCGAUGUCGGAAUUGGUUUCCCACGGCGCCAGCAAAGCUAAUGCAACAAUCCUGGAACUAGAAGGCUUGGUUUUGCGUUGCAUUAAUGGCGACCAUAAUGUGCGUGAUAACACCUCGCUGCUCUUGGACGGGGUUAUCACGUCAAUGGAUAAUGACUUGUUUUGCGGGAGAGAAAACGAACUCCUCGCGGCUUGCACUCGUCCAUUCCGGCUACAUAGGCAACAGCGCCGUCGACAGUCCUCUCGACCAGGGCAGAAAAAGACCUCACGGUCAACUGACUACUUCUCCAAGGUGUACUUGUACGCCAAUUCACGAAUGCCACCGAGCCUACCCCAGUUGAGGCUCGACCCUCCAAUUUGCAUUUUACUCAAACUGGCAGCUCACUACUCUAAGCGGGCCUAUCGUCAACCUCGCGGGCAAGAACGACGCUCGUACGUGGACGCUGACUGGCUACAAGGCACCAAAGCAAUGGUGAUCAAGUCACUGCCAGUGGAUGAGGCGAAAACAAUCGUGUUCGCUAUUCGUGGAACACAGUCCUUCAUGGACUGGACUGUCAACGUCCAAACUGCACCGGUUCCUCCCACUGGCUUUCUCAAUGAUCCUUCCAACAAAUGCCACUCGGGAUUCCUUAGGGUAGCCCGCAAAAUGGUUGCGCCUGUUGCAGCCGCGCUACGAGCAUUACUCGAGGAGGACCCCAGCCGCAGUGACUACAAUUUGCUGAUGACCGGCCAUUCAGCUGGCGGCGCAGUGGCCAGCUUGCUCUACCUCCACCUACUCUCAGAGUCCGCGGGAGUACACUCCGAGCUCAUCCAUCUCCGUGGCUGCUUCAGGGAAGUCCACUGCGUCACAUUUGGCGCGCCGCCCAUUUCUCUCUGGCCGUUGGCAACUCCCCGACCCGCUCAGGCAUUAUCGAGGUCCUUUUUCAUCGCCGUAGUUAAUGAGGGCGACCCGGUCCCCCGCGCGGAUAAAGCCUAUUUCUUCUCCUUGCUGGAUCUCUAUGCCUCCCCCGCGCCAGCACCCAUAUGGACCACGCUUGCCUCGGGAAGCAAGCCCAUCUCGAGUGUCCACUGGAAGGUCCCGCGGACCACUCUGUCCAUCGCAGGUCGCAUUGCUCUGCUCCGUGCUCGCGGUCGGUUUCACGGGCGUUCGGCUACAAUGCACAAUCCCAGUGUCCACGCUCCUCCGGUACUACCACCGCGCGAGGAUCUAGAAUUGUGCGGGACAACGGAUGCCGAACUAUCUGGUGUCGUAUUUGGUGACCCUCUGAUGCAUACAAUGGAUCUAUAUGCUCGCCGCAUAGAUACUUUAGUUUGCGAGGCGGCUCGGGGUUCCUCACAGUGA